GCUGCGCGCAGAACCUUCGAAAUUAUGGCUGGAAUGAGAAAACGAUUUUCUGUAAAGUUGCUCGGUAGCCAUUUCUCCUCCAACUGAAAGUUGGUCUCUUGCCCCAGUUGAACAGUCCCAAUGCAGGACGUGCGAUUUGUCAGUUUCACAUGGCUUUGUCGUUGACGUCAGGAGGGAAAUUGCAAGUGGGAGCAGAGAGCUUGUGCGAGGGUUGGGCUGCGUUCGUGGAUUGAAGUGAGAGGUAGGGGGAAAUAGCUCGGCUGCAUCGGCCUGGCCCAGCCCAGCUUCGCUCGGUCCCGACCGGCGGGGCACAGUCCCCACGAGAGAAUCAGCUCCCACGCACCAUCGAAGAGUGGAGCAAGCAACCUACUUUUACAGAAUCUCUGCGCCGCCCGCAUUUUAGACCGGAUUCCGAGUGAAAUCUAUAUCGUUUGAGUGGGCAGUAUGAAAACACUUUCGGCUGCUUCAUUCAUUCUUCUCUCAUCUAUUAAUUAUGGAUAUUCGCAGAACUCAAGCAACCCUAUUUCAGACAGAGGUUGUGGAUUAAACCUCCUUCCACACUAUCUGAACCUUUGCAGCCUGGAUGUAAUAUGGGGCAUAGUUGUGGAGGCGGUGGCAGGCGCCGGAGUGCUGACUGCAUUCUUGUUGAUGCUGAUCCUUCUGGUGAAGUUACCAUUCAUUAAAGACAAAGAAAAGAAGAGUCCUCUGGGAAUCCAGUUCCUGUUUUUGUUUGGCACACUUGGGCUGUUUGGACUGUCAUUUGCAUUUAUCAUACCAGAAGAUGAAAGAACAUGUCCUACAAGAAGAUUUUUAUGGGGAGUUCUGUUCGCACUCUGCUUUUCGUGCUUAUUAGCCCAGGCGUGGAGACUCCGUCAACUGGUACAGCGUGGCAAAGGCCCUUCAGGGUUGCUAUUGGCUGGCAUUGCAAUCUGCCUCAUGCUGGUUCAAGUUAUUAUUGCAGUUGAGUGGUUGAUCUUAACCAUUGUCAGGGAACAAAAACCUGCUUGCAAAUAUGAGCAGAUGGACUUUGUCAUGGCAUCCAUCUACGUUAUGUUCCUAAUGGCUGUUACCUUUUCCCUUUCUUUCUUCACCUUGUGUGGAAAGUUCAAGAAAUGGAAGAAGAAUGGAACCUGUGUUAUUCUAACUAUGUUCUUUUCCAUCUUGAUUUGGGUUGCAUGGAUUGUCAUGUACCUCUACGGCAACAGGGAACUGAAAAAACAACCUCUGUGGGAUGACCCUGCCCUCUCCAUUGCACUUAUUUCUAAUGGAUGGAUAUUUCUAAUUUUUCAUGCUAUCCCGGAAGUCCAUUGCUCAAUUGUUCCAUCAAAACAAAACACACCAGAUUACUUUGAUGCAGUUCAGCCAAGAAUACGAGAGACUAACUUUGAAGAAGAAUUGCAACUUCCACGUACUUACAUGGAAAACAAGGCUUUCUCCUUAGAUGAAUCUGGAGCAGCAUUUAAAUCUGGAUUUCGCAAUGGGAGUCUGGGACAUAGACCCAACAUUCAGCUUCGGAGUAAUGUUUACCAGCCCACUGAAAUGGCAGUUGUACUCAAUGGUGGAAAUAUCCCAUCUGCUCCUCCAAGCUAUGCAGGAAGGCAUCUUUGGUAAACGCAAAACUGUUUGAGCUGUAAGCAAAUUCCAGCUGUUCAUGGACAAAAAUCAGUACAAGUGGAAGCUUGUGGUAGUGAAACCAAUAUAAGCUGUUUGAUGCCCAGUUAAAUGGGAAGAUAUUCAAAACUGAUUUUUUUAAAUGAGGAUGUACAGUGAAGCUUGUAUGGUGUACAUAUGAAGUACUCUUUCUUUUAAAGCUGCAAGCCUUUAAAUGAAAGCAGCACCAGAAUGAUUCUGAAGAAAACAUUUGUGGCUCUGGAGCAUUUUUGUGUUAUGUAAAUAUAGAGUGCAUUACAUUUAAUAAAUUAUGGUAGUGUGUAACUUUCAAUAUUGCUUCAUUUCUGCUAAACCAAUAUCUAAUAGAUACUUAAGGAAAACUCCCUGGAGGAGAUGGGGAUAACUUGUUUAUCUUUGAUAAGUUUUAAUGCAGCAUCAGUAAUGUAUGUUUUAGUGGAGAAGAGUUAACUAGUAAAGAGCAUAACUUUAGUAUUUUUAUUUGUUUGGGCAUUCUGUAUUAUCCAACAUAAAAGCCAUAAUGUAAAUUGAUAUAGCAAUUUACACUUUCAAGUGCAGUUUAUUCUAUAUAUGACAAAAUAGUAAUAUUUUCCUUUUGCAAUGAAGAUUCAGUCUGUGGUGCAUGCGUACUGUAUACUGAAAGCAAGUGAAAUAGGAAUGUUUUAAUAAUUAAAACAUUAGUAUGCUUUGUAUGCAAGGAGUUUUGUUACUUCCACACCUGUAAUUGAAAGGUAGGACAAAAGACUGCACAAAUGUAGAUUUUUAAAGCUUGUCCAUACAGGCUGAGCACCUCUUAUCCAAAAGUCUCCAAAAUUGAAUUCUUUCUGAGCAUGACGCUAUAAAUGGAAAAUUCCACAAGGCAUGUGGAAGGUUUCCAGGUGAUGCACAGGUCUCUGUGCCCCUCAGACAGUUCUGAGGAGUGACUUCACAUACCAUGAGUGGAGCCCUGUUGGCACCAGUUUUCAGCUGUCAUCAUAGUCAGACCUUCAUGCAUUACUCACAGUGAUUACCGUGUGUUUUGUGUUUAUUCUCUGCUCUGUGUGAAGAUAUUGUUGAAAAUGUCAAAAAUGCCUGCAGUUACUCCUAUGGGUAAUAGAAAAAAGAAAAAGCGGAAGCAUUUAUAACACAGAAAGGCAAGCUGUUGGAAAAACCUGACAGCAGUGUAAGUGUGAAGCAUCUGAUGGAGGAGUAUGGUGUCAGAACAACCACCAUCUACAACUUGAAGAAACAGAAGGACAAACUGUUAACAAACAAGAACAAAUCUUGCCAAAGGGUCUCGGCCCGAAACAUCAACUGUACCUUUUUUUCCAUAGAUGCUGCCUGACCUGCUGAGUUCCUCCAGCAUUUUGUGUGUGUUGACAAACUGUUAAAGUUCUUUGCUGAAAACAAUGAACAGAAGUUAAUAAAAGAUAGAAAAACACUGCACAGAGUAAAAAAUGAAGCUCUCGACCGUGUAUUGAAAGAGUGGAUUCAUCAAGUUGGAGUACACAUAUGUCACUUAACGGUAUGCUGAUUAUGAAACAAGCAAAGAUUUAUCUCGAUAAGCAGAAAAUUGAAGGUAAUUCAGGGUACAUGUAUAAGCUGUAUUUGUAAUGUAAAUGAAUUUCCUGUUUGUACUGGGUCCCAUCCCCAAGCUAUCUCAUUAUAUAGAAUCAAAUAUUCCAAAAUCCAAAAUCCAAACCAGUUUCGGCCCUAAGCAUUUCGGAUAAGGGUUGCUCAACCUGUAUUUCUUUCUCAGUUGCUGCAUCAACCAACCUACUUUCAGCAUCAACAUGCCAAAAACUUUGUAGCUGUAAGUAAAAAGUCCCUUUUGAUUCAUCAGAAUACAAAUAAUUGUAUAAUGUAAAUCUAAGUUUGUAUAGUGAACUUGCCUGUAACUUUAAAUUCCUUGGUUUAAAAAAAACAGUGAAUACAUUUUCACUGUUGCAGCGUGAGAAAUAAUACUCACUGAUCGAUUUUUUUUAAAUUGUAGUUUGCUCUUUCGCAAUAAUGCUACAAAGCCUGAUAUUUAACUCCAUGCCGGCCGAUGGUACAACUGCAGAUUUUAUUAAAAAUUUAAAUGACUGGUCAAUUGUUGACGUCUUAUUAAAAUGAUGUCUUUUGUAGCAUCAAUAUCAUGAAAUCUUUGUGCGUACACACUAAAUUUUAAGGCACAUUUAAUGAGACAAUCACCCUGUGCUAGUACUUGAUUUUGUGUGUGUAAAGUAAAAUAUAGACAAGUCACAUGUUGACCAAAGUUAAGGUAUGUGCAAAUGUUUAUUUUCUAAAUACUAUUAAAGUACCAUUAUAGUAGUGUUGG